AUGAGAUCAUUUCUAGCUUGCUUUCUUUUGUAUGUUCACCUCGUUUCAUCACCAAACAAUGCUUUUGCUUCUGUUAGUUCUAGUUCUAGUUCUAGUGAAGCAAAGGCCCUUCUAAAAUGGAAAGCCAGUUUUCAAAACCAAACCCAGAAUAACCUGACCUCAUGGACUUACUCUCCCAGUAAUUCCACCAAUCCAAAAGCAAAUGCAAGUCCAUGCAAUGGUUGGACUGGCAUUACAUGCAAUACUGUUGGAAGUGUCAACAGGAUAAACCUUAGCAAUUCUGGCAUUCAAGGUACGCUUCGUGAAUUAUCAUUCUUGUCCUUCCCUAAUCUUGAAUAUCUUGAUCUUAGCUUCAAUGAACUCAAUGGUUCCAUUCCCCCUUCAAUUGGUGGCUUGAGUAAUUUAGUUUUCUUAUACCUCCGUCAUAAUCAACUUUCUGGCUCCGUCCCCCAAGAGAUAGGGAAUCUCAAGAAGUUGACUGUACUCAAGUUGGAUACUAACCAACUUUCUGGUCAUUUACCCCAAAAUAUUUGCCGUGGUGGAUCACUGCAAAACUUUACAGUACAAACCAACCGAUUGACCGGUCCAAUCCCCAAAAGCUUGAAAAUGUGCAAGAGUUUAAUCAGAGUCCGCCUUCAAGAUAACCAUUUGACAGGCAACAUAUUUGAAGCAUUUGGUGCCUAUCCAAAUCUUCGAUAUAUAGACCUUAGCCACAACAACUUCUACGGUAAAAUUUCACCCAUGUGGGGACAAUGUCCUCAGUUAACAGCCCUACGAAUUGCAGGAAACAUCCUUACUGGUAGCAUACCACCUGAGCUUGGCAAUGCAACGAAGAUUCAGUUACUCGAUCUUUCUUCAAAUGGUUUAGUUGGAGUGAUUCCAAAUGAGAUUGGGAGAUUGACUUCACUGUUGAAUCUCACUUUGAAUGGUAAUCAACUUUGGGGUCGCAUACCCUUAGAGUUUGGGUCAUUCAAGGAUCUUGAAUAUCUUGACAUGUCAAUCAACAAAUUGAAUGAGUCAAUUCCAAGCAUUUUAGGUGACUUUUCCAAAUUACACUACUUGAAUUUGAGCAAUAACAAAUUCAGCCAAGAAAUUCCAUUUCAAUUGGGGAAAUUAGUCCACCUGUCCCAGCUAGACUUGAGUUACAAUUCGCUUGAGGAUCAAAUACCAUCAGAAAUUAGCCAAAUGCAAAGCUUGGAAAUUCUGAAUAUUUCCCACAAUAAUCUUUUUGGUUCAAUACCCAAAAAUUUCAAACAAAUGCAUAGCUUGGUUCAAGUUGACAUAUCCUACAACCAGUUGCAGGGUCCCGUCCCCAACAACAAAGCAUUUCAAGAUGGCGAUUUGGAAGGCAAUGAAGGAUUGUGUGGCAAUGUUGCAGGGCUUCAACCCUGCAAUAUUCCCUCCAUGGAAACUAAGCAUUCCUCAAAAUCUGAUAGAAGACACUUGUUUUUAAUUGUUUUCCCUAUUCUGGGAACACUUCUACUUGUACUUGUCGUCCUUGCAAUUGCCUUGGUUGGAAAAAGAAGAAAAACAGAGCAGGAAACAAAGCAGAGCAAUGUGCAACACCAAAAUUUUUUUUCCAUAUCUGAAUUCGAUGGAAGAAGAAUGUAUGAAGAAAUCAUCAGGGCAACCAAUGAUUUUGAUGCUCUAUAUUGCAUCGGCAAGGGGGGAUCCGGAAGUGUUUACAAGGCAAAGCUGCUAUCCGGCAGCGUAGUUGCAGUGAAGAAACUCCACCCAAUACUUGAUGGUGAGGAGACAUCUCGGAAGGAAUUCCUUAACGAAAUACGUGCACUUCUAGAGAUACGACACCGGAACAUUGUGAGUUUCCGUGGUUUUUGUUCACACGCUCAUCACUCGUUUUUGGUCUAUGACUACCUACAAAAAGGUAGUUUGGCUUCAAUCCUGAGCAAAGAAUACGAAGCUAACAAACUGGACUGGAGUACAAGGGUGAGAAUUGUAAAAGGUGUAGCUCAUGCCCUCUCUUAUAUGCACCAUGAUUGCUCUCCCCCCAUUGUGCAUCGAGACAUAUCAAGCAACAACAUACUGCUCAAUUACGAAUAUGAGCCCGUUCUUUCAGACUUUGGCACGGCUAAGCUUUUAAAUCCAGACUCAUCGAAUUGGACUGCCCCCGCAGGCACAUAUGGAUAUAUAGCACCAGAGCUUGCUUAUACAAUGAAGGUUACCAAGAAAUGUGAUGUUUAUAGCUUUGGGGUGCUGGCGCUGGAAGUGAUAAUGGGAAAGCAGCUGGCUGAUUUCGUGUCCGCCUUUUCGACUCCAUCCGCCAUCGGAGACAUAUUGCUGAAGGAUGUUUUCGACCAACGCCUCCCCCCUCCUACACCGGAAAUUGAGAAUGAACUGAUAACAAUUGCUAGGCUAGCAAUUGCAUGCAAACAUUCCGAUCCACAAUCUAGGCCAACAAUGUACAAGGUUUCUCAAGUGUUGUCAUCCCAACCUGCGAAUUCCUCUAGACUACCAGAGAUUACUCUUGAACAACUCAUUAAUUAGUAUCUGACUAUUGUGACAUAGAAUAAGAUGCUCUUGUUUACGCAUGAAGUGGAGAAAUUGUUUACAUUUAUCUAGACAAAUGAACAUUUGGUUAUCUCAUAUCUUCAAGGAAGGAAAUUCGGUGGCAGAUAUAGGCUUGCAAAUUUUGGAGCCUCACAUGACGGUUUUAUUUGGUGGGACACGGUACCUCAGUUUUAACUUCCAGUUUUCGGGCAUGACUUUUGUUCGCUUCCAUCCUAUAAGUUCCCUUAAUUUCUCCUGUUUUUCUAGCUUGUUCUCUCAGGCCUAGUUUGUUUUUGUCAUAGUUUUCCUCUACUGCACCUGCAUGCUCUGUUUGUUAUUGUUCUUAGUUUUUUUGUUAGAAACAUUCUAGAAUGUUCCAUGCUGUGCUAGCAUAUUUGUGUAACUUUUCUGGGAUUGGCCUUGGCUUAGUCCUUCAUCCCACUUGUAUUAUUUUUCUUCAUUAAUAAAUCUCCGAGGG